CAAAAAAAAGUCAACAGAUCUAUUGAACACAUCCGGAGACGACGUGGGAAAGUGCGAUACUAUAAUUUCCAUGAUCGACUUCUCCGUAAAGAUUAACUAAGAAUUCUUAGAUGAUGGCACUGCCGGCGCAGCGAUGGCGGAUAAGGGCGGCGCUCGGGUUGACGGCGAUGUGCUUGGCCGGAUACCUUUUUGGCCCGCCGUUGUACUGGCACCUAAUUGAAGAAUUCUCCGCCGCCGCUGCCGUCUCUUGCCCUUCCUGCGAUUGCGACUGCGAUUCCCAUCCACUCCUCUCCAUUCCUCGAGGUCUGAGCAACGCUUCUCUUACAGGAUGUGCAAAGCAUGAUCCAGAAGUGGGGGAAGACACUGAAAAGAAUAUUGCGGAACUAUUGUCUGAGGAACUAAAAUUGAGAGAAGAUGAAGGUGUAGAGAAUCAGAGAAGGGCCGAAACAGCACUGCUAGAGGCCAAAAAGUUGACAUCUCAGUACAUGAAGGAAGCGGAGAAGUGCAAUUCUGGUAUGGAGACUUGUGAAGGGGCAAGAGUAAAAGCAGAGGCGGCUUUAGUGGCACAGAAGAGACUGAGUGCCACAUGGGAAACACGUGCCCGAGAGAUGGGGUGGAGGGACGGAACGACCUCUGGUGGGACCCGUUCUCAAUCCCAUCAAGCGUACGUGCAGACAAUGUGAGACGUCAUGCCCCUCACUUUCAGAAAUCUCGCGAGUUUCUCAUCAUGGCGUGUCACUCUUCCUGAUUGAUCAACCUGACUCGAAUCACAUGUCAACUUUUUUUAAUAACAUUAUAACUCGUAUUUAAUGAAUUACUUUAACAUAUGGAAUAUCGAUCAAUCAGAGAAUGAGUGACACAUCAAGAAAGCGCGACGAGAGAUUUGAACUCCGUCUGAAAGGGGGAAAAACCUCCACUAUUUAAGGUUAGGGCUCAACAAGAUACAUGGCGGGUGAGGCAUUUUUCCAUCAAGAGGAGUUAUAUAUAACUAGUCUUGCUGCCUGCCUAGUGUAGAAAUGAGUUGAUCUAAUUAUGCAUACAUACUGUCUGAUCUUGUUUAUUCUUCUUAUGGAUUUCUUGAAAUUAUCAUUCUGACUUUUUUUCGUUACCGUUUAUACGUGGACUUGUAACCGAUUCAAACUACUCUGUAUCAGUUAAAUUUCAAUUUGGUUACUUCUCUAUCCUCUUCAUAAAUCAAUAUCACAAAUUUAU